UCCAGGUAGUGAGGUUGGGCUAAACGGUCUGGGGUUCGCAUAUAAAACCUACUCCAAAAACGACUUCUUCAUAGCGUAUACACACACACACACACACAGACUCUGUCUGUCGAAGUCAAGAUGCUCGGGAGCGAUGUACUGUUGUGCUUCAUCUUCUACAGCACGCUUCUAAUCUUAAAGAUGUACAUAAUUGCCAUCUUCACGGGCCAAGUGAGACUUCGGAAAAGGAAAUCUGCAUACAUACUGCAGCUGUCUGGAUUAACUUCAGAAAUUAAAGCGUUUGCUAAUCCAGAGGACGCCGAUAGACACGGAGGUGUGCAGUUCUGCCGAACUGAUCCAUAUGUGGAACGCUGUAGGAGAGCACACGUCAAUGACAUGGAAAACAUUUUACCCUUUUUAUUUCUCGGAGCCGUCUACUCCAUGACAGGACCCUCGUAUGCAGUUGCACGACUUCAUUUUCUGGUCUUUUUCCUGGGUCGAGUUCUACACAGCAUCGCAUACUUGUUGGCACUCAAAGCACCGACACGUUCAUUCGCCUAUGUCAUCGCUCAGGUGCCUUGCGUUUCAAUGGCAAUACAGAUACUCAUGGAAGUAGCCUCGUUUGCAUGACCAUCUCAAUAACGGACUUCUGUGAUUGGUCAAGACUUAUGAUUACAACUGUGAUGCAGAAUGCUGCUUUAUGGACUUACAGCAUCUCAACAGUAACAGAAUUCACAUUUCACUUUAACAUUAGACUUGAUGAUUUAUGACUGACAAUUAAUAACUCUGUUCUUAAAUCCUAACAUUCAUUGCUGUCAUUUUAGGACUGGACACUAUAGUUUGUAUUGUGUUUUUAUGUGCAUUGUCAUUUUAGCAUUCAAAUGAAGGUUAUUUAAUGUGA